UGAAUGAAGGAGAGGUAUCGUCACAUCUUCCUCUCCCACAGUGGGCUCUCCAAUUAUCCACACUCCUUCAAUCCUGUGUCUUUCUCCUUGAUUAUUACUCAUGCAGCCAUUGAUCAUUUGAAUUGCUCUUUCGUUGUCCAAAUCCAGUGGCAGCAUAGAUUCUGGGAUGAUAAAGGAAGAGGAAAAGCAUGGGGCUUCAGGUGGAAGUUGGAGAACAUACUCACGUUCUGUGUCAUGGACUGAACGCCCGCCAAGGGCCUCUAGUUCAUCUACUACUUCUAGGCCACAAUGGAACAGCAAAGCGCGUUCUUGUUUGCCGCCACUUCAGCCUCUUUCUAUCAUCCGCCCGAGCGUUGAGGAAUGGCCUAGAGCUGGUUCUGAUGAUCUUGGCGAAUGGUCUAAUAAUCCUCCUACUCCAGGUGGGAAGCCUCGUGGAUCAGUGACUCCUCGUGAGAGCUCGAAUUCUGACCAACCUCCUAGAGAAUUUGAGUUUAGGAAGGACAAGCUUGCCUUCUUCAAUAAGGAAUGUUCGAGGAUUCUUGAUCACAUCUACUUGGGGAGUGAUGCAAUUGGCAAGAAUCGUGAGAUCCUACGCCAGAAUGGGAUCACCCAUGUGCUCAACUGUGUGGGGUUUGUUUGCCCGGAGUAUUUCAAGGAUGAGCUUGUCUACAAGACUCUUUGGCUGCAAGACUGCCCAUCGGAGGAUAUCACAAGUAUUCUCUAUGAUGUGUUUGAUUAUUUUGAGGAUGUUCAUGAACAAUGUGGACGUGUCUUUGUUCACUGUUGCAAGGGAGUAUCGCGGUCUACGUCAUUGGUGAUUGCUUAUCUCAUGUGGAAGGAGGGGCAGAGCUUUGAUGAUGCAUUCCAGCUUGUUAAAGAAGCCAGAGAUGUGACUAAUCCAAAUGUGGGAUUUGCCUGUCAACUUCUGCAGUUCCAGAAGCGUGUGCACGCACUGCCUGCAAGCCCAACUUCUCUUCUUAGAAUGUACCGAAUGGCACCACACUCGCCAUAUGAUCCCCUUCACCUUGUGCCUAAAAUGUUGUCUGAACCAGGUGCAGAUAAGCUCGACUCUCGUGGAGCAUUUGUUAUUCAAAUUCCUUCAGCUUUAUUUGUCUGGACUGGGAAGCACUGCCCUGCGGUGAUGUCAGAUAAUGUCAGGGAAACUACCUCACAAGUUAUUCGCUAUGAGAGGGCCCAGGGCCCAGUUAUAACUAUAAAAGAAGGUGAAGAGACAUUUGAAUUUUGGGAUGCCUUCACUUACAGAAAGAGUUCGGCAGAUGGAUGUGAUUCAAAGUCCGAUGAGGUAAAGAGCUUGUCUUCAGGGACUCACUUAGUGACUGAGUUAAUUCAUCCUUGUCCUGAUCAAAGGAAACUGGCUGAGUAUGAUUUAGAUUUUGAAAUCUUUAAUGGAGCACUGGCUGGUGGUGUGGUACCACCAUUAUCUGGAUCAGAAACAGAGAUAUGUCUUCCUGCCAGAGAGACUGGUUGGAACAGAUUCAGAAGAAAAUUUGCUAAUGGUGUUGUCAAAGAAAUUAUGACCUCAUCUAAGUUGUUUUCUUGUAAAGUUGCAAAACCGAUAUGUGAAGGGAUGCUGACAGUGGGCAUGUGUAAAGAAGUGGAUUACUUUGUCUCAACUGCCAUUUCUUCAACAUCUACUGGUGAUCUGUGUGAUUCACUGGAUUCACUUUCUUCAUAUGUAACAAGGAGUCCACCAUGCGGUAAGAAUAUCUUGACAGAAGUGGCAUGUCCAGCCCCUCUUUCUGAUUGUUCACUGUCACGAUCACGAUCAUCACCAUUCAGCUUGGUGGACUCAUUUUCGUCUUUUCAUGUCAGUAAAACGAUGUCCAGUUCCAUUUCACCAUCUCUCUCACCUUCAACAUCUAAUCAUGCAAGUUCGUGUACCUCUUCCCAUUCAUCGUCACCCCCCGAAAAAGAGGAAAAUUCUGCUAACCUUGCCUUGAGAGUGGAAGGUUCAAGUCCUACCUGUAAAGAAGGGUUUUAGCACAUAUGCGUGAAUGUGAAGAUAGUAAUGCCAUUGUGGAAUUGCUAGAUCGUAAUCUUCUCAUUCAGUAGGGUUUUAGCACAUAUGCUCGAAUUAAGAUAGUCAAGGAAGGCGAGGAACCAGUGGAGCACCUUGAGCAUGUGAGUUGCCUCUCACUAAACAUUUAUGCAGAUAGAUGACAGGAAAUAGUAGUUCAGGAGGAACAGAUAGGAUCCCUUUUAUUUUUGGACUUAAUUGCAGCAGCUCCAAGGAGUUGUGCGAUGGCAUCCCAAAGCAGGCCGAGGUGUUGCCGAUUCUGCUUGUGAGAUGAAAUGUGAUAAUCUAGUUUGAAAUUUAGAAAAGAAUGUACAGGAAAUAAUCUUCUGAAUUUUAAGUUUAAGAAAUACAAGGAAAGUGUUCAAAUUUGCUCUA